AUGAGACGAAACUCUUCGACGUCUUUCGAUUUUUCAUGUAGUUUCUUGUUCGACUUUUCAGACCGCCAAGAGAAAAAAUUCAAGCGAAUACAAGCUCACACCGACUUCAUAGAGAGCUGCUGUUUUUCAAACGAUGGUAGUCUUCUAGCUACCAGCUCUGGGGAUGAGACUUUAAAAGUUUGGAAAGUUAAUGAAGAGUUGUCGCUUCUGAAAACUUUUCAAGGCCAUGAAGGAGUGAUUUGGGACUGCGAUUUUAAUAUUGAUUCUUCGUUGCUCUGCUCAUGUUCAAGCGACAAAACUGUACGUGUUUGGGAUCUAACUAAAGAGAGAGAACUCAAAAAGAAAUUGCAUUCAGCUACUCUAUGGGUMUGUAGGUUUUGCCCCRGUUUUCCAACUACAGURGCUUCUUGCUCAUCAGAAAACAACUAYGAAAUUGUAAUCUGGGAUUUCYUUCAAGAUAGYRUUAUUCAAAUCAUCGAAGGACAUCGAAAUAUCGURGAAGAYAUCACUUUUUCUCCUGACGACGGCUCCACGCUUGCUUCAUGCUCUCGCGACAAAGAUGUCUUYCUCUGGAGGAACUACCAAACAGCGGAAAACUCAGCUCCAAUUAUUCUAAGUGGCCACAAGGCUCGUGUAAAUUCUUGCGCCUUUUCCCCUGUGAAUGACGAUAUGUUAGUGUCUUGUUCUUCAGAUUUAACGAUAAUAGUAUGGGAUACAGUAGAAGCAGAGAAACUACACGUCAUGUAUGGA